AAAUAAACAGACGGUUGUAAAGAUGUAAUCGCAUAUACCAUAAUAAUAAUAAUAAUAAUAAUAAUAACAGGUGUACUCGAUUAUUUUGCGGUGCAGAUCAUUUUUGUUUACACAAUAAUUUCAGCAGUAAAAAAACCCCUACAAACAAUUCCCUGAUUAUAGAAUAAAAGUCACGGUUAAAGUCUGACUCGAGUCUAAAGCGUGUUGAUUAUUUUCCCUUGGCUUGGUUCGAGCGUUUCUGAUCUGACUGGACAGUCUGGACCAGGAAGCAGCAGACAACUCUGUGGAAAUUCUCAGUACAUGGAAAUAUAAUAACAUUUGCAGUUUUGGAAUGGCGCGAGAGACUGGGAUAAUAUCGGCUGUUAAAGCCCUGGGAUAUGACAGAGAUCGCUGUGUUAAACGGUGUGAAUGUGAUGAACUGCCCUGUCCACUGAUUUCCUGGUUGGUGGUGGAGCUGAGAAAAAUCUGCCCUGAACUUGCAGUGUCCCUGUACAUCUUUCCAGGAGACAGUGGCACCAUUCUGGCCAGGGAACUGAAAGAGAUCCUGAAAGUCAUGCUUUAUCCUUACGACACGCUCAGCACAGAGACUCUGACCCCCAUUCAUCUCAAAAGAAUAACAGAGUUCCUGGUGUCCGAGUUACAAGCAGCACGUAUGCUGCAGUACAGAGAGCGCAAUCCGCAAGACCCUGAGCCUCUGAGUGAGUCAGGGAAAGAGCAGAGACAGAGAAAAUCAUUUCCGGAUACUGAUAAUGUGACUCAAUUGGAUGACAAAGAAGUAAUGAAGGAAUUGUCAGAGUUGUUUCAGGUCCUGGAGAUGGAGCCAGCCUCGCAGUUCAGUGAUGUUUAUUCACAGGUGGAGUUACGACUAGCCUUGCUCCCAGAGGGCAAAGUGCAAGAGCCGUUGCUAAAGACUAAUCUGAAUUCUACACAAUGGAGCGUGCUGCAUCAGAUUAACCAAGUGCUCUGCAAGGACUACGAGUCCCGUCAGCAGAUGAUGAUCAAACGCUUCCAAGUCACACUCCAGUCGUUUGCAUGGGGAGAGCGAGGAAAGGAGCGCAGCACUCUGAUGUCCGCCAUACCUCUGGUUACAAUGCUGCUCGAGUCGUCCGUUUCCACUGCACUGUUACUAGCAGCUAGAGAGGAUCAGUCUUGCAUUUUGCCUGUGACUGCAGGACCAUCGACAGCCAUUCACAAGGUGCUGAUGGGUAGCGUGCCAGAUAGAGGAGGUCGACCCGGAGAAAUUGAACCUCCCAUGCCAGUAUUCACUCGACGUAGUGAAGGAGGCGACGGUCAGAGGCGUGAAAAGAAUAAAUUCAAGAAACGCGAGUUCUCUGGGAAAAAGAAAAAGAAUAGAUAGUGAUACUGACAUGAAUCUAAAUGCUAAUCUUAAUCAGAAUCAUUGCAGGCUGUUAUUUUGUAUACAAUAUAAUAAUCCUGCCUGUUUGAUUCUCAUUAGCAUUUAUUAUCAUCUCCAUUAAUACAGAGGGAGAAGCUUGGCUUUAAUAAUGGACUACAUGUGCACUAUAGAGAUUAUACUAUCAUUUUCUAGUUUGAUUUUCAAGCUGUUAUAUUAUUAUACAAAUUUAGACUACACUAUAUUCACAUAUGCAUUUAAAAGAUGAAGACAUAUAUUUAUUCAUGUCUUAGGUUCUGACAUUGCAUAAUGUUAUAAUACUUUAAUUUGCCCAGGAAGGUAUCAUUUGAAAAUAUGGAUUUAUUCUUUAUCUUAAUCGUGCUGUGUUGAUUUAUCAAUAGACCACUGACCUAUGAAGGUGUCGAUUCAGUUUAUUCUAUCAUUUCAGUCUUGCUAUGAAAGAGAAUGUUAAGUGGAAACAGGCGACUAUGGGUGCAAGCCAACUUUUUAGUUUAUUUAGUGUUUAUUUAAUUUAUAUUAUAAGAGGAAUGUGUCUUUCAGCUGUAGGGCUGAUUUAUUUAAAGUCCUGUUUCUACAUUUCUAACUUUUUUGUUUUCUUUCCUGUCUGGUGGUGGUGGUGGUGGUGAAAUGGUUAAUGGGAAUGUUUGGUCUGGUCACCAAGGGCAACAUGUCCAAAAUAAAACCAGCAGCAACUUUCCAAUCUCA